AUGCGUGCUGGGCAUCAGCGUUCUCGUCCUGAUGAGCUGGUCUGGCCGGCGAAGCCCUUGUUUAACGGUUUCGCCUAUCGAGCUCCUCUGCUCUACGUUUUCACCGAAAUCGGGUUGGCCGUCUUUCACGUACCAUCUGCUGCUUGGGUUGCCAGUCUAGCCUGCCGCCGCCUGCGGCCGUUAGCUCGCGAUGCACAUCUCUGUCUGAUGCAGCCAACUUCCUCCGUUGCUACUGCCACUAAUAGCAUCACUACCACUAUGGGGGCAACUUCUGGCGUUUCCGCACAUUCGUUUAACAUUAUUCCUCCAGCUUCCCUUUUUUCAGCGACCGAGCGAUUGACUACGGGAUUAACGAAUGGAACUGGAUUCAACGCUGCCUCAGGAUCACAAGGUAGCUUAGUAUCUACCAACCAUCAAGAUGGCUCUUCUGUCUCAUCAGCUAGUUCCACAUCAUCCUGUUCUAUAGCGUCCUUUGCGCCCCACUCAGCGCCUCCUAUACCGCAUCCUAGCCGUUUUCCGGCCCCAGGAGCAGCCAAUAACGGUGGUUCGGGCUCAAUUGAUUUGGACUCAUCCUCUCCGGCUCCCCGUCUUACCAACACAUGGUCGUCGCUGCACAACACUCCAAUCUAUUUGGCUGGUCUUUCUAUCAACAGUGGUGGAUGUAAUAGCGUUGGGGCAAUUGGUGGUAUUCGUUUAGUCUAUCUACCAGAUUUGCCCAUCCACUUUGACACAUCAAGCCCGGUCGCUCCUCCAGCUGCAUCUACUACUGUCGCCAAUGAGUCUGGAGUUCCAGUAUUUGGGACUAGUGGACUACAUGGUUCAAUAAGCCGAAUAAGGUCGCGAAACCUAGAGCUUCCUAUUGUUCAGCCGGCACAUGCAGUUCGUAAUCGA